AUGGCUUUAGUACCUUUGCAUGAAGAUUCAAAUGACUUAAAUUCAUUUACAUUUGAUUUAGGGAGUCAAGUUUUGAGUACCCGGAUGAAAGAAUUUUCAUCAGAACUCGAUCGUUAUAUUUCACGAAACCAAAAAAAAAUUAUCAAUGAUAAGAACCAGCUGACUAUGGAACUAUCAGAGUUGAAAGAAACCCAAAAAAGACUUAAGAAUGAGAUUGAUGCUUAUCGCAAAAGAGACCAAGAGUUAGAAGAAUUACGCAUGGCUCAAAAACAAGAAAUCGAGGCUAGUCAGGAUACUAUCUCAAACUUUACCCAAAAAAUGAAAGAAAUGGAGCAUAAUCGAGCAACAUUACUAAACGCAAUUGAAGAAGCACGGAUUAGCAUUCAACAGCGAAAAGAAGAGCAACAAAGACAGAAAGAAAUAAUAAGCAAACAAAUGGCUCUUAUUAAUCCAGAGCUUAACUUUUGGGAAACAACACUUGGAUUACACAUUGAGGGGGUAAAAGAUGAUGUUUUGCGGUUUGUUUUUACAAACAUUGACCCAAGUAAUUAUACCCGGCCCUUUUCAUGCACUCUUGACUUAUCGGAACAGGAAUACAAGGUCGUUAAGUGCAGCCCCGAACUGAGCACUGAUGUUUUAAAUCCAAUUAUAAAAAGUCUUAACAUUUCCAGAAAUGUGUGCCUUUUUCUUAAGCAAAUGUGGAAAGCAUUUAAAACCAAGGCAAUUGAAAAUGGCUCUGAAAGCUCUUAA